AUGAGUAAAGAUAGUAAAGACAGAAAGAGAAAGCACUCUGAAGAAUCUGCUGAAGAACAUUCUGAAAAGAAAGUCAGAUUAAGCAAGUCUGAAAAGAAGGAUAAGAAGGAUAAGAAGGAAAAGAAAGACAAGAAAGAAAAGAAGGACAAGAAAGAAAAGAAGGACAAGAAAGAAAAGAAAGAAAAGAAAGAAAAGAAAGCCAAAGGUCCAAACUUCACAACUACUAUUACUGGAUCUGCUCAAUCCUCUCAAGGUUAUACACAAUCUGAAUCCUUGACUUCUUUAUCACAAUCUGAUGUUGAUUCAUUCUUAUCAACUAAUGAAGUUACCAUUGAAGAUCCUCAUGAUUUGAAUCUCAGACCUAUAAUAUCAUUUGAUCAAAUUGAAUUAGACUCAAAAAUCCACGCCAUUGUAUCAAAAUUUCCUAAGCCAACUCCAAUUCAAUCAGUUGCUUGGCCAUAUCUUUUAAGUGGAAAAGAUGUCAUUGGAGUUGCUGAAACUGGGUCAGGAAAGACUUUUGCAUUUGGUGUUCCAGCCAUUAAUAAUAUCUUAACAUUAGGUAAAUCUGGAUUAAAUGUUUUAUGUAUAUCACCAACUCGUGAAUUAGCAUUACAAACUUAUGAUAAUUUAGUUGAUUUAACUAGUAAGACUAAAAUUGAAUGUGUAGCAAUUUAUGGUGGUGUUUCUAAAGAUGAUCAAAUUAAAAAAUUAAGAACUGCUAAUGUUGUUGUUGCAACUCCAGGUAGAUUAUUAGAUUUAAUUAAUGAUGGGGCAGUCAACUUAUCAAAAGUUGAUUAUUUAGUAUUGGAUGAAGCCGAUAGAAUGUUAGAAAAAGGUUUUGAAGAAGAUAUUAAAUCCAUUAUUGGUAAUACUCAAACUAAAGGUAGACAAACAUUGAUGUUUACUGCUACUUGGCCUAAAGAAGUUAGAGAAUUGGCUAAUACAUUUAUGAAUGAUCCUGUAAAAGUAAGUAUCGGAGAUAGAGAUGAAUUAUCAGCAAAUAAGAGAAUUACACAAAUUGUUGAAGUUAUAGAACCAUAUGAUAAAGAACGUAAAUUAUUAUCAUUAUUAAAGAAAUAUCAAAGUGGAGCUUCUAAAAACGAUAAAGUCUUAAUUUUUGCAUUAUAUAAGAAAGAAGCUGGAAGAAUUGAAAGUUUACUUAACAGAAAUAGUUAUAAAGUUGCUGCUAUUCAUGGAGAUUUAUCACAACAACAAAGAACUCAAGCAUUAAAUGCAUUUAAGACUGGUGAAUCAUCACUUUUAUUAGCUACUGAUGUUGCUGCUAGAGGGUUAGAUAUUCCUAAUGUUAAAGUUGUUAUUAACUUAACAUUCCCAUUAACAGUUGAAGAUUAUGUUCAUAGAAUUGGUAGAACUGGAAGAGCUGGACAAACUGGUAUUGCUCAUACAUUAUUUACAGAUCAUGAAAAACAUUUAAGUGGUGCUUUAUGUAAUAUUUUAAGAGGAGCUAAUCAACCAGUUCCUGAAGAAUUAUUAAAAUUUGGUGGACAUACUAAAAAGAAGACUCAUUCAGUCUAUGGAGCCUUUUAUAAAGAUGUCGAUAUGACUAAAACUGCUAAGAAGAUUAAAUUUGACUAA